UUUGAAUCCAGCAUGAGGAGUGAAGCACGGAGACUGAGGACUUUUCGGCAAUGGCCAAGUACCUCACCUGUGUCUGCUCGAGACUUGGUCAAGGCUGGCUUUUUCUUUGUGGGGCCAAGAGAUGAAGUACAGUGUUUCUGCUGUGGUGGUGUCCUGAAGGACUGGGGCCCUGGUGACUGCCCAGUAGUAGAGCACCUGAAGUUCUUCCCUUCCUGUAAAUUCAUUUGUGGUGAGGAUGUUGGGAACCAGGAGAUGUUUCCACUUCAGGAAAUCUUUGACACUGUGGAUGGGCAGCUCCUCAGCCUUUUGCAGGGGAUAGACAGCGAGGAGACAGCCCUGCCCAACGAACCAGAAUACCCAGAGAUGGUAACAGAGGAGAUGAGACUGACUACGUUUCAGAACUGGCCGCAGUAUACUGACAUGCAUCCUGAGCAGCUGGCUAGAGCAGGAUUCUUUUACACAGGACAAGGUGAUACAGUGAGGUGUUUUUACUGUGAUGGGGGUGUGAGGAACUGGUCAUUUGGAGAUGAUCCUUGGAGGGAACAUGCCAAAUGGUAUCCAGGGUGUGAAUUUUUAUUGCGGUCACGGGGCAGAGAAUUUGUUAGCAGUGUUCAGGAGUCCUUUUCUACCACCCUGAUAUCUCCAGUGAAUUCCUGGGAUCAGACGGAACAAGAUUCCUCUGCUUCCCAAGAUCCUCUGAGGAAUUGGGAAUUGCAGGCUCUUCCUUCUCUGGAUCAGUUUACUGCAGUACAGAAUGUCCUGCAGAUGGGCUUUGACCCCACCUGGGUCGCUACCCUGGUGGAGAAUAAAUACUUGCUGACUGGGAAUUUCUACUUUACUGAGUCGGAAUUGAUUUCUAGUCUGCUUGAGCCAGACUGGGAAGAGAUCAGCAGUGCAGAGGGAAGCAGAAAGAUGGAAACAUCAAGUUCCAGAGAAGAGAGGCAACCUGUACAGCAAAAGGAAUCAGAUGGGUCUCGGAUGAGCACAGAAGAACAGCUCCGACGCCUGCAAGAGGAAAGGAUGUGCAAAGUGUGCAUGGACAGGGAUGUGUCUGUGGUGUUUGUUCCGUGUGGCCACCUGGUAGCUUGUGGAGAAUGUGCCCUCAAUUUGAGACUGUGUCCUAUCUGCAGAGCAGUCAUCCGGGGAAGUGUGAGAACUUUCAUGUCCUGA